AUGGAGGUAGAGGCAGCGAGAGCGAGUGACAGCGUCAGCGAGAGCAGGUGGUCGAAGCUGGCUGUGACGCUUCCCGUCAGGAACGUCCAGGCCCUGGCGGCGUCCACCGGCGAGCUGACGGCCGAGGUGAUCGAGCGGUACAUACAGCCGGACAUCGACGCUUUCGCUGUUCUCGACGAGCACUCCGACGAGGUUCCGGUGAUCGACGUCGGCAAGCUUUCGAGCCCCGAGUCCGUCGAGGCAGAGGCCGCGAAGCUCAAGUUUGCCUGCGCGGAGUGGGGAUUUUUUCAGGUUGUAAAUCAUGGAAUACCAGAUGAGGUCAUCAUGGGUAUGAAGCAUGACAUUCAGAAGUUUUUUCAACUCCCCCUCGAUGUUAAGAAUGCAUAUGCUCAGCGGCAAGGGGAUCUUCAAGGUUAUGGUCAAGCGUUUGUUGUCUCUGAUGAUCAAAAGCUAGAAUGGGGUGACAUGUUUGCGCUCUUCGCCCAGCCACCCGAAGCCCGUGAUAUGAGUUACUGGCCAUGUGAACCCCAUACUUUCAGGAUGGGCUACUACCCUCCAUGCACGCCAAUGCCAGAAAAGGUUCUAGGCUUCACACCGCAUUCUGACAUGUCCUUUCUAACUAUUCUACUGGAAGUUAAUUCAGUUCAAGGCUUACAAAUUAGAAGGCAUGGUGCAUGGAUACCCGUGAAACCAUGUCGCGACGCACUAUUGGUGAAUGUGGGUGACCUUCUUGAGAUUAUGACAAAUGGGAAGUACAAGAGCAUUGAGCACAGGGUUACCAUAAAUGCCCACAAGGAGCGACUAACUGUGUCUGCAUUUCACCUCCCAAAUUAUGAUGGAAUAGUUUCACCAAUUUUGGAAACUAGAGAAGAGAAGUUGUUAUACAAGACGGUGAAAAGUAGAGUACUUGACCUGUGCCAGAGUAUUGCUGCUGCCUGUAGUACAAAAGACUGUAAAACAGACCGGCCUGCAGAUGGGCUCAGCAGGCGUUCUUGGUUCCAAGCGGGCAUUGUUUAG